UGAACUACUCUCAUCCAGCAAAAACCUAAUUUUUUCAUAUAUAAAUCGAAACAAAGGGUGACUCCUCCGUUUACCUUGCAGCACCGAGAACUUUAGACGCAGGUUCAUCUUAACUCCGAAUCUCUACACUGCGUUGCAACAAUCAUGUCGAGGAGAAAGGUUAGAGAGCCAAAAGAAGAAAAUGUGACUCUGGGUCCAGCCGUUAGAGACGGUGAGCAUGUCUUUGGCGUCGCUCGCAUCUUUGCCUCCUUCAAUGACACCUUCAUUCAUGUCACUGAUUUGUCUGGAAGGGAAACACUUGUCCGUAUCACUGGUGGGAUGAAGGUUAAAGCUGAUAGAGAUGAAUCAUCUCCCUAUGCUGCUAUGCUUGCAGCACAGGAUGUUGCUGCCAGAUGCAAGGAGUUGGGCAUAACUGCUCUUCAUAUCAGGCUCCGCGCCACUGGUGGAAACAAGACAAAGACACCUGGUCCUGGCGCUCAAUCAGCUCUUAGAGCCCUUGCUCGUUCAGGAAUGAAAAUUGGUCGCAUAGAGGAUGUGACUCCCAUUCCUUCUGACAGCACGCGUAGAAAGAGUGGAAGGAGAGGUAGAAGGCUUUAAGCUUCUACUAUUAUAUCCAUGUCAAGUAGAAUUGUGCCAUUUCGAAAUUUUGGUUUAGUUUAAGAUCAAACUUUUAUUUUAUUUCUUAAGGUUUCUCGAACAUAAUUGAAGUUUACAUACAGACAUUAUUGUUAAAGUCUUUUGAAAGUUCCGAAUGUUGUUGUGUCUUAGAAAGCUGCUAAUUAUCUGCUUGAUAAAGUAUAUUAUUUUUUUUGUUUA